CAUUGGAAACGUGAGCAAUGAGAAAGGCCUUUGGGUGUUAAGUCCACUGGAAGGCUUCCUUCAAGGGCCCCAGUAAUCUUUUAAUUGCUUUGGAAACAGUCAUUUCUGUUGAUUGGUAGGGCCACCCAGAAUUGCAAAGGGAUGAGAAGUGGUGAGAGCUCUGUAGGCAUGAGCAUCAGGUGAGGGUGGCUUAUGCCAAUGCAGAGACAUGGGAGAUGGCCGGGUAUGUUCCUCAAACAGCUGAGACAUGGCCUGAGAGAAAGAGGAGCAUGAAGGGAUUUCGGAUUUUGUGGAGGCCUUAAAAUGCCAGGUUGACGAGUUUGUAGUUUAUCCUUGAAGCCUUCCCUGGAGAGGUUUGGAGCAGGAGAGUGAAAUGGUCACAUCUGUGCCAUGACUAGAUGAUUUUGAUGCUGUGUGAAGGGUGACCCAAAGAAGGGAAAGCUGGGGAGCCCAGAGCCUCUAUUAGAAGUCAGAGGUGCUCCGAGAACCUGAAUGAGAGGUGGCCAGGCACGUGAGUGGAGUAAAGGCUGGUAGAACAAGGAAGACAUGAUCCCUGAUUAAGUAUGGAACAUCCAGGAAUGAGAGGAGUCCACCAGGAUAUCCAGGUUACGAGUCUGGGUGCUGGGAAGAUGGUAGGACCCUCGAACGAGGGGAGUUGGAGGAAAGAGAAUCUUUUGAGCACAAUAAAUUUGAGAUGCCCACAGGAUGGCCGGCAGAUGUCAGUAACGUGGGACUGGAGCUCAGAAGAGAAGAGAGAUCUGGCAGUCAUCUGCAGUGAAAUGGUGCUUGAACCCAUGAGAGCUGAUCAAGUCACAAGAUGGGGGCCGAGACAGUGUCCUAGAGAGCACCCACCCUUAUAAGGCAUAAGUCGGAAGGAGAACCAGGAGAGACCAAUGCACAGCCUCUGUGGUAGGAAAAUGGGCUAGUCAGGAGUAUCAGCAGCUGCCAAGGAGGAGUCAAGGCAGCCCCAGCCAUGCCUCCCCCGCGGGGUGACGUGACCGCCUUAUUCCUGGGUCCUCCACGUUCGGGAAAAUCGGAGCUCAUCGCCGCGCUCCGGGAGGCUCCCGAGGCCUGGCAUGAGGAGACCCGCGUCCCUGCCCUCUACCCUGCGGGCCCCGGGCUCUUCCUGGGCGAACUAAGCUGCCCGCCUGCAGCGCCCGAACCCUGGGCAGCCGAAGCUGACGUGCUAGUGCUGGUCUGGGGGCCCCGGGGCGGGAAUGAAACCGAGGACGGGGCUGAGUCUCUGCCCGAGGGGCUGGGGGCGGCUGGGCGGGCGGCCCUGGCCCGUGGGGCCCCCCUGUUAGCUGUAUGGAGCCGUGGUCCCAGGAACGGGAACGCCAAGACCCCGGAGGAACCUGAAGACCUGGAGCAGCAAAGGAAGAAGGCAGCAGCCCAACUGGCCGCCGCAGGGCUGGGGGCGGCGCCGCUUUAUGUACUCAGCCGGCCUGGGCCCCAGGGAGCUGACCUGGCUAGGCUGCGGGAGGCGCUCCAUGACCGGGGGGCGGCCCUGGAGGGGCUGCUACCUCCCGCCCAGGAAGGCUUCGAAGUGGUGGGGGGCGCCGAGCUGGACGCGGUGCGCGAGGCUUUCGAGGCCGGCGGCCUGGAGGCUGCCAUGACGUGGCUGCGCUCUGGCCUGGAGCGCCUGGGCAGUGCGCGGGUGGACCUGGCCGUGGCCGGGCCCGAGGCCUCCGCCGUCAUCGGAUCCCUUCUGGGCCAGGACCUCGAGCCCGCUCCCUCAGCCCCGGGGCCGGCCCCCUACCCCGCCCCGGAGCGACCCAACGUGGUCCUCUGGGCUCUGCCCCACGCCUCCGCCGCGGACCCCGAGCCUCACGCUCACUACGACGCCCUGCUGCUGGCAGUGUCGGGACCCCCAACGGCUGCCGACGUGGCCCUCGGGAGGGCGCUGGUGGGCGGCAGCACCCCGCUCUUCUUCGUGCGGACCGACGGAGGCGGCGGCGAGCCCGAGCCCGUAGAGGGGUCCGGAGCGGCGGGGGCUGGGGAGGACGAGGGCUGGGAGGUUCUGGGUGCGGAUGAGGCCCGGGAGCCGCCGCCGCUACCAACGGCCUUCCCCCUGCGCCCGGGGGGCUUGGCGGGCCUGGAGGCCGCGCUGAGGCGGGCACUGGCCCGGGCGCAAGGGACGGCUCUGCUGCUGGCCCUCCCCCCCACGUCCCCGCAGACCGCGCGGGCCAAGGCUGACGCACUGCGGGCAGGCGCGUGGCGCGCGGCGCUGCUGGCCAGCGUGGCCGCCGCUGCCUCCCCGGCCCCUGGCCUGGGCCAUGCGUGCGACGUGGCGCUGCUGCGGGGCCAGCUGGCGGGCUACCGGCGUGCGCUGGGGCUGGAGGCGGCCUCCGUGGCGCGGCGAGAACGUGCUCUUGGCCUGGAGGCCGGCACGCUGGCGGGCCGCGAGCGCUCGAGGCUGGCGCGGGAUGGCGCUGCCCGCGGAGAGGUGGAAGCGCGCCUGCGGGUCUGGGCGGGGGAGGGCACCGCAGGGGGAGCCGCCCUGGGCGCGCUUUCCUUCCUCUGGCCCGCGGGCGGCGCCGCUGCCACGGGGGGCCUGGGCUACCGUGCUGCCCACGGCGUGCUGCUGGAGGCCCUGGACGAGCUGCAGGCGGACGCCGAGGCUGUGCUGGGCCCGGGCCCGGAGACGGAGUAACGGGAUGCAUGAGUAGGGUCUGGGGCCCCUCGGACUCCUGGGUCUCAGCGGGAAGAGGAGGCAGCCAGGACGCCAAAGGGCUGCCUUUACCUGAGGUGCUGCGGGACAAACGGAAGAGACGGGCUGCCCGGCCUGCGACAACUCCCCCGCGUAUGGCUCUCCGGGGGCGGCCGCGGGGUGCAGUGGGAAUACAAGGGAUGCAGGGAGCGGUGGACCUGCAGGUGCCUUUAUUGAUGCGGUGGGGUGGGGGUGGGCUAAGGAAGGGGGUCCUCUGGCGAGAUCGAGUCUCCACGGAAAAGGGGGAGGAAACGGGCCACACCGGCCCGGAAGCUGGCAUCAUGCCGUGCCUCCCCCCACCCCCAGCUCGGCCUGCGGCAGGCCUCCCAGAUCACCAGCUUCCGGCCUCCAAGAGCGCAUCUAGUCCAGACUGUACCUGGACGGGAAUCCUGCCACCACGUGGUAGGGCAGCCAUCCUUCCCAGAGGGAGCACCGAGGAUGGAGAGCUCAUUCCCUCCCAAGACAAUCCGUCCAACUCUUGGCUAGCAGGGGGGCUUGGCCACAGAUCUGGUGGGUUUUUAAAUAAAUAUUUUGAUAGCAUUUCAAGAUAA